GUGAGAUUUUUGAAAAAGAUGAUACAGAAGAAUUAUUUGGUAAAGACGAUGAUAAAAGAGAAGAUAAUAUAGAUAUAGAAGAAGACAAUGCAGGAGAAUUAUUUGGUAGAGAAAACAAUACAGAAGAUGAUGAUAUAGUAGAAUUAUUUGGUAGAGAAGGCGAUAUGAAUAGAGAAGACGAUGAUUCAAAAGAAUUUUGUAAAGUAGAUGAU